AUGGCCACCGAUCUCGACAUAGCCUCGAUAUGCGCUGAGAUCGCCCGCUCAUACUCGCCGUGUGACGUGUCGGACGCGCUGCUGAAACUGCACGUCCCCUCGGCGGGCUACCUCCGCGACAUCUCGCCCAUCCCCACGCGGCAUGGCUCGACGAACCGGCUCGUCGCGCCGAUCAGCACCGUGCUCUUCGUCGACACCACCCACACGCCCGAGACGCAGUACGACGGCCUGAUCGUGCCCCCCGCGUCCAACAUGCCGAGCGACGAGCAUUUCUCCGACGUGGCGCCCGCCGGGACCGUGGUCCUCCUGCAGCAGCCCGCCCACCACGUGGCGUCGCUGCUGGGCGACAUCGUGGCCACGCGGUACAAGGUCCGCGGCGUGAGGGGUUGCUUCGUCGACGGCCGGUCCCGCGACAGCGUCGGCUGCGGCGAGCUGUGCAAGGACGGGUCCUUUCAAUGCUGGAGCAAGGCGCUGACGAGCCCCGGCACGAGCCUGCAGAGCAAGCCGUGGGCCGUGGACGUGCCGUUGAAGAUCGGCGACGUGGUCGUCGAGCCCGGGGACGUGCUGGUCGCGGACGAGGCCGAGCGCGUGUGCUGUGUGAUUCCGCGGGAGAAGCUGGCCGAGGUGGUCCGGUUGUUGCCCGUGCACAAGGAGGCCGACGACGGCUUGUUGGACGACGUGAGGCGUGGCAUGGGCUUCAAGGAGGCCAUCCAGAGGUGGCCGAAGCAUUACACUAACCAUUGA